AUGCGAUUCACUCUGUCUGUUCCCGCUUUCCUGGCUCUGGUCUCCUCGACCUUUGCCCAGACUGCCGACUUUGACCCCGUCAAUGUCCCCAGCUCCAACCAGAUCAUCAACGCCGGUGCUCCUUUCACCAUCGAGUGGCAGACUCCCGCCAAGUACGCCGCCGACACCAUCUCCAUCCAGCUGAUUGGUGGCCCCACUCAGGGCACCCAGGUUCCUCUCGAUGUCAUUGCCACCGGCGUUGCCAACAAGGCUGGCUCAUUCGUUUGGAACGUCCCCGCCACCCUGGGCACUGAUGCCUUCUACGGCUUCAUCGUCAGGUCCGAGAACGACCCCAGCAUCUUCCAGUACUCCAACCCCUUCCACAUCAAGGCUGGCGCUGCUCCUCCUGCCAAGGACACCACCACCAUCACCACCUCCACUGGUGUCAAGACCGUCUCCCUGGCCACUCAGUCCACCUCGGCGCCUUACUCUCCUCCCGUCGUGACCUCGGCUCCUUACUCUCCUCCCGCCGUCACUGACGUUACCGUCGUCCUCAACGCCACCACCACCGUUCCUUGCAACGGCACCGUUGCUCCUCCUACUCUGACCGCUCCCACCACUCUCCAGAGCGCCACCCGCCUGCCUCCUCCUCCUCCCAGCUCCCCUGUCUGGGUUCCUCCUGGCCAGGCUGCCACCACCACCUGGGCUGCUCCCUCCGGCACCGCUGCUCCCUCCAACCCUCCCAGCACUCCUCUGCCUCCCCCCACCAACUCUGGUGCUCGCGUUGGCGGCAGCUCCCUUGCCCUGGUUGCCUCCCUGGUCGUGGCCUACUUCGCUCUGUAA